ACGUCAUAAUUCGAGGCGUGUGCAGACCGUGCGUUUCCUUUCGGGAGUUUUUUUGGUACAGUAUUUUUAAUCUCAACCUGGUACAUUCUUUUUUUUUGUGUCUAACUUUAGGAUUUGUUGAAAGACGUCCCUCUUCUUUUUUUUUGUCGAGGACAUGGAUUUCUCGCUGGCAGAUGCCAUAGCGGACGAUGUCCCGGGCCAAGCUGAGAAAGCGAGUAACCCCAACCCAACCGCCCCUCCUCCCACUAACCCAGGAUGGCCUGGUGCAGCUCCUGGAGCCCCAACACAGCCCUCUGCUCCUGGGGGAUUCCCUGGGGGGCCACAGUCUGGUCCAGGGGCCCCAGGGCAGUUCCCUGGAAGCCAAGGACCGUUCUCUUCUGGUCCCGGAGCCCCAGGGCAGUAUCCUGGAGCUCCCUCUGCCCCCGGUGGGUUCCCGCCCGGACCAGGGGUACCGGGACAGUACCCAGCCGGGCCCGGAGCACCUGGACAGUACCCAGCCGGGCCCGGAGCACCUGGACAGUACCCAGCCGGGCCCGGAGCACCUGGACAGUACCCAGCCGGGCCCGGAGCACCGGGACAGUUCCCUGGACAGUUCCCCCCUGGUGGGACCCCUGGUCAUUUCCCUGGAGGCCCAAUGCAGUACCCAUCUGAACCCUUCCAGACUAGCCCUGGAGCACCCCCAGGACCCUAUCCUAACGUGCCUUACCCAGGAGCCCAGCCUGGUGGGGGGAUGUAUGGGCCUGGAGGUCCAGGAGCUGCCUUCCCCCCUGGAGGAGGCACCUUCCCUGGGUUCCCUGGUGGGGCCUUCCCUCCAAUCCCCCCUGGAUCAUGGAGUCCUGGGGGCGGUGGAGUUUUCCCUCCCCAGCCCGGUCAUCCUGGCUCUUUCGGUCCAGGUCCCAUGGGACCAUAUGGGGGAUCGGCAGCUCCAGGAGGCAUGUUGCCGGUGCCGUACGAACUGCCUCUCCAUGCUGGCAUCAUGUCCAGGCUGUUGAUCACCAUUGUAGGGGAACCCAUUGUUGGAGGAGAAAGGUUCCAUGUUGACUUUUUAAAAGAGGAGGACGAGGAGGACGAUGAAGAGGUUGUAUUUCACCUCAACCCUCGUUUCUAUGAACAACAGGUUGUCCGUAACUCCCACCUGGAUGGGUGUUGGGGUCCAGAGGAGAGAGACGGAGGCUUCCCCUUCGUUCCUGGACAACGUUUUGAGCUAAAGGUGCUAGUGGAAGAGGACUCGUUUAAAGUAGCCGUGGACGGGAACCAUUGUCUGGAGUAUGAGCACAGAGCCGGAGGGUUUGAGGACGUCACCCUGCUACGUGUGGUGGGGGAUGUCACUCUCUACAGCGUGGCCCCGAGCAUGAUCUAACACUCCAGAGAGACUACCGCCCAGUCCCAAAUGGCACCCUAUUCUGAUAGGCUCUUGUCAAAGAAAAGUAGUGCACUACAUAGGGAAUAGGGUGCCAUAGGGCUCUGGUCAAAAGUAGUGCACUACAUAGGGAAUAGGGUGCCAUUUUGGGAUGUAAAGUCCAGUUCACUUCACCUGACUGACACUGUGGGCCAAUGAUCUGGAUGGGGGCGGUGCAGCUCACAUACCUCUUUUCACACUACCGUGCUGAACCAAACUGUGCUAGCUAGCAUGGUUCCAGCAGCUGUGGCGGAUGGGUAACCAGGCCCGGCUCGGUUUAGCUCCGUGGUGUGAAAAGCCCUACACAGCAUGUCCUGUAGGCUAUAGGUAAAUAAAAAAAAAAAGAGAUCUAAUUAUUUGACUGUGUCAUUUAAAACGUGGUAUUAAUCUAUACAAAUGAGGGCAAGGAACUAGGCUAUGUAACGGUGUCGGAGAAGGAGGUAUCUGCUUUUUAACGGCAGUUCUAGGGAACGUAACCAUAUUUAUUCUGCAUGAAAUGUCUCAAGGACAAAGGGGGGGGCGUGUCCUUUUAGCAUUUCACAAUGUCAUGACGGCAGCAAAGUAGACUGUAUAUUGUUUUUGUAUGUCUAUAAUUACAAAUGAGCCUUUCAGGGUUAUGAUGCAUGUUGUGUGUGUGUGUAACCAAUGGACUGAACAUCCGUGUAGCUUUUGCUUUGAAACACUUUAUUCUGUUGCAAUGCUGUCUGCAAGGCUGAAUGGACAUGGACUAGAAGGAUAGAGAGAGAGAGCCUCUGUGGACUGUAAACUGGUCUAGGGUUCAUUUAGCUAAGAUCGUAACAUGUGUUUAGACAUUUUACAGUAUUAAUCCUCUAGGUCUUGCCGAUUUUUAAAGGUCCGUUAAAUGUUAUGAAGUAGUCAGAUCUGCAGCUAAAAUGAAAUGUAAACUGUUGUAGCUAAAUCAAUGUAUCACUUUGUAGAUGUUACCAAAGACUUAAGUAUUAUUUUCAAAAUGAAGUUUUGUCAAUAAAGAGUGAAGAGAGCUGAUACAAUCUA